AUGUCACCCUCUAAACAUGACCAAGGCAGUCAGGCGACCAGACAACGUAGGCAAGGCGCAGCCCACAUCAGUCAGCGGUCGAUACCCUCGGCAACCAAGCCAUCGACGGCCAAAACAAUCAUGGCCGAAGACAUGAAGGAACUGGAAGGCUUCCUCCCCAAUCGUCUUCCUCUUCAAUGGAACCUCCCCGAAAGCCAGCUCACCGACGACUUCUUUGCAAAGCAUUAUACUGCCAUUGUGUCGGAUGUAAUGCUCCAUGUUGGUGAUAUGUUUAGAGUUGGCGACAUCCCGCCCCAGGGUUCUAUCUGGACCAUUGAUGCUGGACGCAAAGACGGUGACUUGGAGUCCAUUGUACGACCAAUCGCACGGCCGAGCCCUUCGGACCCAAACCCAUGGGAUGAUCUGAUGGCAUGCAGCACGAAGCGCCCAGCCGUGAUGCUGGCGGUCUUCAUGGAGAUAUACUCGAGACAGUUGUUCUCCGUACAGCUUUUCGGGGCAGACGAUAAACAAAGGCAGACACUUACGUGUCAGGAUGAACAGUUUAUCGGGCACGAAGGUUUCCGCCGUUCAAAACUGAGAGCGACGACAGUAAGAACGUUUCUUGACGAGACACACGGUCUUCCGCCACACUUCUGGGCCCACGUGGACCAAUUUGCCUCAAGAGUGUUUAAGCUCCUUCAUCCCGCCCUGACAUGGGUUCGGAUGACAUGGCCUAAGAACGGCAACAACCCCUCGAUCCGAUCUGUCUUCCAGAGAAUACACCAAGACACUGCAUAUGCGGCAUGGUUCGCCGUCAACGUCCGAAUGUCGCCCGCUGUACUCGAAUUCGACUGGCGACUUCCGGGCGAACGCUACCUCCCGGACCAAGCCGAACUCUAUCCGGAGGUGUACAGGAAGCAUCAACGCGAGGUAUUGGAGCGAGAGCGCAACAAACCGCUUACUGGUGGGGUAGCUCGUCGAGGGCGUGAUGACCCCAAGCCUCCAAAGAGGACUGCUAGGGUCAUGAUUUCGGUAGUGCCUCGUGUCCAACGGUUCACGCUCAUCGCCGGCGCCGAGGGCGAGAAACCCCUUGGCUUUCACAAGACGACUCUGUUACCCCCGCAAGUUGUCUACUAUCAGGGGCUCGACAAUGACCAAGAUGACGCGGCCCAGUUCAGACAAGGGCCUCCCAAAUACCUGUCAAGAAGGAACUUGUUGAUGCGGGCACUGUACAUCCCCUCAAUCAUCUGUUUCGUAAUAUCGAUUGUACUCCUUGUGGGCCGCUUGCCCUGGUUUCGAGUUUUCAGAUAUGGUGUAGCAGUUUGUCAAGCCGCUCUGGGUGGGAGUCAGCUUCCGCUGAGCCGGACGUCCGCUUAG